CCCCCCUUAAAUGAUUUACUUUGGCACGAUGCGUAUGCCUUCAUGUCUGCGAAUCGAAGCAUGUUGAGACUCCUCCGAGCCCGCAGCAGGAGUUUGUUCCCCGGUUACAAACCCGGCAGCCGAUCUGGACCCUUCAGGGAACCAAACGACUUUGUGGAUCUGACCAGGAUCUUUGUGAAGCCAUGGAAUUCCAUGCAGGAUCUAGGCAAAGACGUCUAUGAUCUUUAUGCUGAGGAUGAAGAGGAGGAUGCGUCGCCGUCUCCCAUGCUACUUUCUCCGACCAAGCACUUCGUGCUCAACAUCAAUGUUGGCGGAACUGUGUACCACCUGCCCUACAGGUUAGCUGUCAGGUACCCCAAAACACGGCUCGGCCGCCUCGCCACAUCCACAGACCAUAACAGGAAGUUGGAACUAUGCGAUGACUACAUUGUGCACAGCAACGAGUUCUUCUUUGACCGGGACCCCACUAUUUUCCAAAAUAUCUUCAACUUCUACAGGACCGGCGUGUUGUGGAUUAAAGAUGAGCUUUGCCCGCGUAACUUCCUGGAGGAAAUCAACUACUGGGGCGUCCGGAUCAAGAACAGCCACCGCUGCUGUCGCAUCUCAUUCGAGGAGAGGCAGGACGAGCUGACCGAGCAGCUGAAAAUACAGAAGCAGCUUAUGGCAGAGGUGGAGAUGGUGGCGAUGGAAGAGGACGAGGCCUUGUACAAAAACAUGAUCUUCGGACGCACUCGCUGGAAGAUUUGGAACAUGAUGGAAAAGCCCUUCUCCUCGAUUGCUGCCAAGCUGAUGGCUGUGGCAUCCUCCGUCUUUGUCCUGAUCUCACUGGUUGCCAUGACGCUGAACACCGUUGAGGAGAUGCAGUAUGAGACGCCAUCAGGGCAUCUUAGCGGCAGGUUCUACGGCGAACACGUGGAGACUUUCUGCAUCGCCUUCUUCACCCUGGAGUACGUUCUUCGCUUGCUGUCGACUCCCAGCAUCAGAAGUUUCCGACGCAGAGACAUCGAGGCCAUGUCGCGUGUCGGAAAGUUGGGCCAAGUUCUGAAGAUCAUGCGAUUGAUGCGGAUCUUUCGGAUCCUGAAGCUGGCUCGUCACUCAACAGGCCUCAGAGCCUUCGGCUUCACACUGAGACAAUGCUACCAGCAGGUGGGCUGUUUGCUGCUCUUCAUUGCCAUGGGGAUCUUCAUGUUUUCCGCCAUGGUGUACACUGUUGAGCAUGACGUUCCCAAUACCAACUUCACCUCCAUGCCGCUUGCGUGGUGGUGGGCCGCUGUAAGCAUUUCCACGGUGGGCUACGGCGACAUGCUCCCGGAGACCAACCUGGGCCGCAUCUUUGCCUUCGCCUGCAUUGCCUUCGGCAUCAUCCUCAACGGCAUGCCCAUCUCCGUCCUCUACAACAAGUUCUCCGACUACUACGGCAAGCUCAAGUCGCAAGAGUACGCCGCCGUCACCAAGGCCCGCGGCGACGUGCACUUUGCCCGAAGGGCGGCCAAGAAGCUUGCGGAAUGUUAUCAGGACGCCGUUCAGUCGAGGGCGCUUCGGCUGCAGUGUCAACCGCUCGGCACAGCGGAGGAUAGAGCUCGUGUCAGGAAAGCUUUGGCAACCCACGCUGACCUCACAUGCCCGUGACUUCAUUUACCGAUAAAACUGCACAAAGCGUCAAGAACUUUUUUUUUUCUUUUUGGAAUGUUUGCACUCAUGGAAACCGCCUCCCCCAAUCACACGUGCACCAUCAAUUUUUACUCCCUUCUCUAUUCAUCUUAGGACCCUCACAAAAUUCCACCCACUCCCUAGUCAUUUUAUGGAUCCAUCCAUUUUCCAAUUCGCUUAUUCUCACGAGGGUCGUGGAUGUGC